UCCUCAGCAGUCCAGUGGAGACGCCCCCUAGUGUUCAGAUUGUACCACAGUUUCGUUUCUGAGGAAACCUUCAUGAAGUGAAUAAAUACCAGUCCAGCUCGAGGCUGCUCACAACAGAGGAAAAACCAUGGGCCUUUUGAUAGGUGCAGCACUUGGAGCAGGUGCAGUAGGGACUGUGGUCGGGGCCCCAUUUGUUCUGGCGGCCGUAGGUUUCACCUCAGCUGGAAUUGCAGCAGGUUCACUGGCUGCUAGUAUGAUGUCGGCUUCUGCAGUGGCUAGCGGAGGUGGAGUGGUAGCUGGAGGUGCAGUGGCUGUUUGCCAAUCAAUAGGUGCGGUUGGUCUGUCGGGGGCCACUGCAGCUGUGAGCGGCUCGAUGGGGUUGUUGUUAGGCCUCAUUAUCUGAAUAAUCAACAAUUAGUUAUCCUGUUAAUCUAAUGAAGCAAGUGAUGAAGCAGCAUGUUUAUGUUCUGAAAUGUUUGGAAAGUUGUCUGGUUUGCAGUUACCUGACAUGAUGUUUCAUAGUUUGAAUCUUACAUCUCCGAAAAUAAAAGCAACCGGGUUAAAACACA